AUGGUGAAGCAAAUGCAGCUCAUGAAAGCGGUGAUCUUGCAGCAGCAGCAAGCUCUGAAUGUACGCAAGGCAGCAGAAGUCCCUGCGACUGAAGCUCCCGAGCCCUCGCCGGCGAAGUCUACCCCUGGAAAAGCCCCGCCGAGCUCCAAGCCCGAAGCCGAGCCCGCCGUGGCCCCACGUGGGCAGAAGAGGAGCCGGUCGCCUCAGGAAGGCGAUUCCACGGAGGACGAGUUUCCGAGGGUGUUGAUUUCCUCUACGUUGGACCGCAACGAGAAGAACAAAGUCAGGAGGAUUUGUACGCCCAAGCCUGGCACUGGAAAUCUUGAGGUUCCGGAGAACAUUUUUGAGAUGUUUCAGGAUGCUGCCAAGGGUCGUGAAACCCUCUACAAGAUGUGGGCCAAAAGUGGGGGUGUCAAGGUGGGUACUGUGCUCACAAAUAAACGAAACACGACUCGAAUCGAGAAAAUCGUGAAGUGGGCCGAGUCCAAAGGCCUCGUCCGGGAGUGCGAAUACGAUCCAGAUGUCCUCGAGUACUGGGUCAAUAUUCGAACUGAGGGUGAGCUUUCCAAAGAGGACAUGGAGUCUUUGACACAUACGAAGCAGUACGAGGGCGAGGGAGGAGAUGAGCUCUGUUUCAAGCCCCGGGUUCGCAUUGAUGGCUUCGACUUGGCUGAUGACGAUGAUCUCGCCCGUUGCGGGGCAGGGAACAAGGAAGGUGAUCAUCAGAAACCGGUUUCAGCGGUGCUUACGGAGCAUCUCGGGUACACGCUCAAAGCGAAGAACAGCCUUACAAGCUUUCUCGACAAGAUGCGGUCGGCUGGGGCGGGCGACACCAACUGUGCUGGGCCAAUCUCCAAGUUGGAAGGGCUGCAGAAGGAGUUUGAGGCUGUGUACGAAGAAAUGGCGGAUGCGCAGGCGGAGGGCAAAAUCAAUGGUUUCUCUGAAAAGUUGGCCGCCGAGUGCCACACGAUGUUCAAGAAGGCUACGAAGCUGCAGACGCUGAACAAGAUGCGCAAGGCGGCGAAGAAGAAGACCGAGGAGGAAAAGUGCUGUGCUAACUUCGAAGGUUCAGUGUUGGUUUCGUUGCUGAGAUAUUUGGCCGUGGCCGUAGUGUCACGGAUUCUGCUCGAUCGUGAGCUCCAAUGUCUUAGACUGUCCGUGAAGUCUGGUUCUGAAGAUGACAACUACAUCAGCGAGCAGGUCUACGACAUCGUCAAAAAAUACGGCAAAGGUGAAAGUGCAGACCAGACCCCUCGACAGAGUCCAAAUCCUGCAGUGACCGGGCUCCCGUGCGCAGCCACGAAGUCGCGCAAGGACCCGAGCGAAGAAGACCUGGAUAUGAGGGUUAUUGGUGAGGCUAGCGCUGCUGGGAAAAUCCUUCGGCGCUGCAUCGAUGUCGUCAGGAAAGUUCGGUACGAGAACGGUGGAGAGCAAUUAUGCGUUUUCAAGAUAGGGCUCACUGCAAAUCCUGUUCGACGAAGGGCAAGCUACCGUGACCAGAAUUUCAGGAAUUUCGUCAUCAUCCACCAAACCUGCCGCUCCGAUCUUCUGGGUUUGAUGGAAAUGUUGGAAGCCGCUAUCAUUGCUGAGUUCUACGACGCUGGUUGCCGAUGCCGCAACCGACAGCUCGGAGGGGAGAGUAUGCGUGAUCGAGACCAGAGGCCCCGCUUCGCUCCUCCAUACUACGCCUACUGUGCAGCUACAAAUGCUUCGCAAAGAGAGCCUAUUCUGGGGUCUGCGAAGCUUGUGCACUGCUUCAAGCACGGUGUCCCCGCGAAAGACCUCGUCCUGGAUGCCAGGACCGCUGCGAAGACGGACUCCUGCCAUGUAUUAGCAAAAAUCGCGAGUGUGAAAGAAUCCAGUGCGGACGCUCCACUCUUCAAGAUUCUUCGACAGUACGGGUUGGCACUGCCGGCACCUAUCUCUGUAAAGAAGGUUGCGACCCUGGAAAAUUAUCCGUACUUGGACCCUGCAUCUCUUCUUGAAGCGUUGAGUGGGAAUGGCUACUUUCACAAAGUGCUUGGAGUGCCGGUCCACUCGGCUGAGUCAUGUUUGCUGUCCUUUUGGGAGAAGUUUCGAGAGCUGCACCCCAACCACGGAAUAUUCUCGCAAUACAUUUCUCUUGGUAACCUGAUCCCGUACUAUCUUCAUGGGGAUGGUGGUCGUGGUUACAAAAAGGAUCCGAUCGAGAUCUUAUCAAUGUUCCCUGCCCUUGGUGCGGGAUCCAGAUCGAACCCUGUAGAUUUGAGCGGCAAACGAAAGUCUGAUGACCUCACUCUGGGCAUCAAUCUCCGGGGGAACUCUGGCACAACAAGGUUCUUGUUCGCAGUUCUCAGCAGCCUUGUCUAUAAGCGCCAUCCAGAUGCUUUCGAUGCGCUUUUGGAUUUGUGGGGCCAGAAGCUUCAAAACCUUUUGAGCGACGGGUUCCAGGCCAUGGGGACUACGUGGUAUGUUGCCAUUAUAGGAUUCACUGGCGAUUCUCCGUUCGUCAAAAAGGUUGGCAACAUGAACAGGUCUUUUCAUAAUGUUCGUAAGCGAGCUUCGUCCAAGAAUGCUAAUCAGACUGGGUGUUGUUGGCUGUGUAUGGCGGGAACUGAGACCGCAACCGAGAACUACCCCUUCGAACAUGUCGGAUUUUUCGAGCCAGGUUGGAUACAGACACAAAGGCACAACAAUCAAGUGCCCUGGGAAGACAACGGUGGCCCGCUGCUGCCCUACAUGCAAGUGGAUGCUGACGACACUCCGUCAGCUUGGUUCAAAGCCGACUUGUUUCAUGUGUUUCAUGCAGGCGUCGGACAAGACUUUACGGCCUCUGCAAUCACGUACAGCAUGCGGUUGUUAUUCAAUCGCGGUGGCUUCGAAAGAGACCUCGUAGCCUUGAAUGAGCACCUGGCCACAUUCAUGAAAUCCCAAAGAAAGCGCCUGCACUGCGGUUUUUUGACGAAGGACCUGCUAGGUUAUAACUCCACUCGUGAGUUUCCUGAAGGCAAGUGGUCCAAGAACAGUGACACUGCCGUGGUGAUGCAGUUUUUGGUGUUCUUUUUACAGCAGGAAGAGUUUGCGGCCCGUGUUCGAAGUGAUCCAAUCUUGAAUGAAAUCUUGGAGGCAGCUCUUGCGAUGGGGCGAGUGAUUCGCAAAUGUUUCCGCGCCGACUUCUUCAUGGCAUCGGACGAUUGCGUUGAAAUCAUCCAGAAUGGCCAUGCUUUCCUGUGCGGCUAUUCCAAUCUUUGUGGCAUGUGCUACCGCAACGAGUUGUGCUUGUUCAAGAACAGGCCGAAAUUGCACUAUCUGAACCACAUAUUUCUGCGCAUCUACAAUGAGUGGACACUGGCUGGGACAGCCACCAAUCCUGUCGCCGAAGCAACCUUCAUGUCUGAAGAUUUUGUGGGCCACACGGCCCGUAUUUCGCGAAGGGUGGAUCCCAGAUCGAUCGCCAUCAAGGUGCUUCAGCGAUAUCUGUGUUGGAUUCAAACCGUGUUGGACAAAGAUACUCUGCUGAACCUCGACCUUUCCUGGCUCGACUAG